UCUCUGCGCCAGCAACGGUGUUUGCGGCUUUAUGGCGUUUGUAACAUACUCUUUGUUUUCACCAUUCUUUCCUCAAGAGGUUAGCACUUAUAUUUAUUGAUUAAUGAUAUAUCACAACAAAUGAAGCCUACAUUGGAAAAUAAAUGUAGUUCCUAGUAAAUAAGUGACUAGUUGUCCUCAUAUAAUGAUUUCAAACUCCAAAUCAACAAAGAGGGUUACGGAUGCUCCUUUUUAGAAUAUUGAAUCAUUUACCCAUAAUUUAUCAGAAGUGUAUAAAAGCAUAACAGUUUCAUUAGAGACCGCAGUGAAAAAGGUGAGGAUGUGGUAAUAUUUUUCAUUGAUAGUUUCGUAAUCAGGGUAUUUUGACUUCGACUUCAAUUUGAAUUUUAAUCUCCUGAUUGUAGCUAUUGGUAUUCUUAAAAGCAUGUAUAAUAAAGCCUUUUCUUCUUCUUCUUUUUUAAAUAUUUGUUUUUGUGAAUGAUGAUUUACACCAUUUGUAUGAUCCUUAAGGAAACAUUUCUUCUUCUAGGAAAAACUGCCCAUUUUAUGGGGAGGUUACAGACAAUAUGAUAGAAAUAACCAAAUACAUAUUCCUUUGCAAUAAAGAACUUUUUAGAAAAUUUCAAACACUUCCUUUGAAGUAAAUCUCUUCGUGUUAUGUCUGCACCCAGGAAAGCAUCAAGGUAAUAGCUUUUAACUAUGAUCUCAUAUUAUGCUAACAAUUCGUGGAAUUAUCGUUAUCAUCAUUUAUUUUUAGCAAUACAAAACAAAACAAAUUUCUGAAAGGAUUUUAAUUUAUAGAAGGCGAGGAGAUGUCAUUAAAACCUCGUGGAUUUUUUUUACCGUUAUUUUUUCCAGAUCUAACGGAAAAACUUUAAACCUUUCCUUUAUCUCUUCCUAUUAGAUCAAUGUCAACGUCCUCUAAAAAGUUUUAAAUCUGGCUUUCAGAUGAGUUGUAAAACGAUGGUUACAUUUUUUCUACUGUUACCAAUUCUAAUGGAAAAUGUCUGUGAUCAAGAUCAGAUUUGAUUCUCUAAUUAAAGGAAGGGCUCGUUAAACAACAGCCUUCAAUCCAACAGGAGAGUGCAGUACUCGAGCUCAGAUUGUAUCUCUUGAGUUAGUUGACUUUGGACUCUUCGAAGCAUAGUUAUUAUCAUCCCCAUCAGUAUUGUCUACUUUGUGGUGUUUUAGGCACGUUCUGUAAAUCAUUCACUAUUCUUUCCCAGUGAGGGUAGCACCUAGCACUUCCAAUCGCUCUGACGAAGGGAUAACGCUCGAAACGUCAGCUUUUUUACUCUUUACGGUGGCCAAUUUACGUUUUCAACUCAGUUGUUAACACUAAAUUACCUGCUGGCUCUUACAUUUUUUUAUGAAUAAUAAUAUUCUCCUGUCUAGGACGCCCACGUUUGCCAAUUUUUACACUUUAUUAAAUUUAACCAGUAUGUAAUGUGUUAACGAUUCUCAUUCCUAAAUGUCAUUUUUUUCCUUGAAAUUAAUCAAGAAUAUGCCGUGAGAAGAUUGUUAAGGUUUCGGAUGCUUUUUCCCUAUGGAUUGGAUAAUCUGCCUUAAAAAUUUCAUUUGUUGUAAUUAAAGUAGAGUGAGACGAGUAUACUUUCAAAAUGAGCCUUUUUUUUAAUAUUCGUCUGACUGAUGAUUCAUGCCCUAAAGUUACUAAGUUGUUCUUUUGUUUUGCCUGUUUUGUUAUUCAGCUUAUGAUUCAUAUCGAGAUUCCAAAUUGUUUCUAUGACUGACGAUAUCACCCACUAUUCGGUAGCAAGAGAAACAUGUGGUUCGGGAGAACAAAAGGAAAAACGCAAAUUUGCAGACUUUGAUGGGUCUCAUUGUUUAAGAAAUAUCGGGAACCGUUACUCAGAUAAAACUUACGUUCCAACAUUAUCUUACCUUUUUAUCGAUGUUAAUUUCACCAUAAAGAGUUUAAGGGGUGACCUUUCGAGAGUUAGCCCCUAGUCGAUCGCUCUGACGAAAGGCCAACGCUCGAAACGCCAACCUUUAAACUCUUUAUGGUGCCCAAUUUAUGUUUUCAACUCAGUUGAUAACACUAAAUUACCCUCUAAGGGUGGUAAAUAACUGUCCUCAUUUUGGUCAAAGGAUUAUCCAUUCCGGUCCAUAAUGACUACUAGUUCAGAGAUUCUACCCAAUGAUCGGAGGAAAGGCUUGAUAAGUAACAGCCUUCAAGUCAGUGGGAAAGAGGAAACCUCAAGCUCAGAGUGUUCCUCUGGAGGUUGUUUACCUGGGAUUUCUCACUGCGGAGCUAUCCUCCUUAUCAAUUGUUUUUUGAACUUUAUCAUGGAUUUUGCUACAGAAGCGGUGUUUUCACCAUUUUUUCCUCAAGAGGUAAGCAAAUUAAGUCGAUGUUUCAUGGACUUUCAUUGUCAUUUAUGCAAAGGUUUUAAAUUGUUUGGCUUAUAUUUCAAGUUAUGCUCGCAUAAAGUCCUUUAAGGUCUACAUCACUAAGGUAUACAAAGCUGAAUUAGUUCAUGUAUUUGACCUAGACAGACCGUGUUCGUGAAGUCUUAUUCGUAGUUGUUAUUGCCACUGACGACAGUUAAAUGCUAGAAAAAGGAUUUUAUCGUAAUAAAUGUUUGAAUUCAAUGCAAUGUAUUCUUUGAGUUCUUUUUCUUUCUAUCAAGCAUUUUAGUGGGGAGGUUGCUUUGCAUGAGACUCUGGUUCCCGUUUGCAUCUGACCUUCUUGUACUUUCUUGAGUUAUUUGAAAAAAAAAAUCUAUGUUAGCGUAUAGAGAGUGGUAUCUUGCUCGCACCAAUCAGAUCGCCGCAUUAGGGUAUGUAUCUUGCACCAAUCAGAGCGUCGUUUUUGUUCUUUGGUUUUAGAGGUGUUCAAAUUUCAACGAAGUAAUGAGAGAUUCAGAGAGAGCGGUUCGUAACAUGGAAUCAUCUUUAAGAAUGAGAAAUGUUGGCUUUUCUGUGUUUUUAACGUAUAUUUUACCGCACUUAAUGAGAAGUGCGAUACUACUGGACAGCUAAAAGAUAUCCGAUUACCUAUAGUAAACGUGUUACUCAUGCUGACAAAGUGGUGGAUAGUUUUGUCGAGAGAAAAUGGGGUCCUCUGCCCUGUAGCACGAUCAUGGUUACUGUUCCUUCACGACGAGAGUGAGUGGAAAAAUUUUGAAUCAAAUAUUGCUUGGGGUGUUGAUGAAUCGCACCAAACAUUUUGAUUUGAGCAGUUCUUUAACGGCAAGCUGUGUUGCAAGAUUCAUGAUUUGUUGAGUGUGCCGAUUAUAUUUUUCUGGAUUGGUUUACUCGGUGCUAUCUCUAGAUGAAUGUCUGAUUAAAAUGAACUAUGAACGAUUUUGUGUAUGUUUUCGAUGCCUAGAAAAAGUUAUCUUGUGAAGUCUUUUGUGUUUGGCCAAGGACGAAUUCAGAUACCAUCGUUAGCAUGUUUAUCUGAUUUUGUUAUCUAGAUGAAUGAUUUACGGAGGUCAGUUAAUAUGGUUUGAUCUACUAACGUCGAAAAUACAUCAAGUCGAAGGAACAGUUUUAGAGGGGCCUAUUAGAAACCACAAAACCUUAGAAAAAAUCAUCCAAAACCGAAAAACCGAAAAAAAUUUCGAUCAAAACCGAAAACUGCCUGCAAAACUGUCAAAACCGAUACAUUUUCACAUCCCAGUUAUUAAAGCCCUGAUUGGUCCGAUACAGUGAUGACAAGUCGAGCAUACAGAGUAAACUACACUCAUUUAAUUACAGGAUUUAUGUAUGCUAUGGACUUGGCAUUCGUAUCUUCUAGUAUCUGCUUAAGUUAACAGCUGCUCUCUCGAGGACCUCGAGCGUGGUCUCUGCAGCUGGUAAUGGAAAGUAGUUAAAUUAAGGAAAUUCGCACAAAAGUACUCUAUAGGAUUGCAAUUUUGCAGUCGCAAAACGCUAUAACUCUGGAAAGUUUCAUCAAAAAUCCUUAAUCCAACACUUCCAUUUGCGAACUAAGACCUGAAAGUUUGGAGAUUCUAUUUGAAUGUUGAAUCAAUCAGUCACGUGCACGUGUAGCCUGUAACUCGGUCAGCAACUUCAAGGUGGCGUUGAUAAAGAUACUCUGGCAAUGUUCCGUGCUUAGUCGUACCCUACGUGUAGCCGUACCCUCCCCUCCCCCCACCUUGAGGGAGGGAGAGGGGAGGGGGAGGGUACGGCUACUGGUUGGCUACCUAGGAAUCCCUACGAUAUUCCAAUUGGUUUGUCACGCAUUUCUCUCGAUAACUUUUGCGUUUAGCGGCUAUUCGAGAUCAGUGGAGGCGCGUAACUGCCGCUCAGAUCGAAGAGAAACUGGAACCCUAAUAGGUCAAAUAGGAAAAAUCGAAAACCGCAUCGGAUAUCAAAUCCGAAAACCCGCUGGUAUUUUUUGCGAAAACCGAAAACCAGAUGCUGAAAAACGGAAUAUCCACAAACCGCAAUGAACACCAAAACCGAAAAACCGAAGUUUUUUGGCACAAAAACCAAAAAACCGAUCUAAAAAAUAGCUGAAACCACAAAACUGAAAAUCCUAGUGCCCCCCUCGUUUUGGUCUCGGUCCGCAUUUUUGUCAACGGAAUAAACACAUACCGUUUAAAAAGAUGAUAAUAUGAACCACUUGCAAAGCUGUCAAUUGUUUCUCGAAUGCUGUGCGUGUUAAAUAUUCAGUAGUGACAUCUCAUUAACAUCUACAUCUACUUUUAUCACAUUGGUAAAAUCUGUACAGACAUCACACCAACCAACUCGCGCGCAAAGUGAGAAGACUAUAUGAAGGCUUGAAAUUAUAUUAAGAUCGAUUUUGAUCAAGAAAUGGGCCAGGAAUAUUCCACAAUAGUGCAAACAAUCGGGAAAGCUGAUCGCGGAAAAGCGAUUGCAUGACGCUCGGUAAGUUGUAAGAUGACAUGUUAUCACAUACCAGACGAAAAAACUCUUUAGAUUCUCAGUCUGCAUUUUGUACCCACUCUGCAGUCUGCAGUCUACAUUUUGUACCUAGUCUACAUUUUAUAUCCGGUCUGCAGUCUGCAGUGUGCAUUUUGUACCAACAGGUAUCCGUGGCACCAAUAUAGUUUAUUUUUGGUCACAGUUAUUCGCACAACACACACAAUUUACCACAAAAUACCUGUGUGUGAGUUAAUUCGACAUUUUUGUUCUUUUCCGCGUUAAUACUCUUCUUUCCUUUUAAAAAAUUGUUUACCGUUUACAUAUUUUGAUCCAGUCCUAAAUAAGAGCACAGAGUUCAAGUACUCUGACACGUAUCUUAUCCAAGAGGUUUUAUUACUCACCCCACCUACAAUGCGUUAUGAUGCAUUUUUGCGACUACAUUGUAAGAAAUUUGCGGCAAGUAUUCAACCUUUUAUCUGCAGUAACUAAUUUGCACUUGCAGCAGUUUCUUUUUUUACAUUGCAGCAGCAGUAGUUCAGCAACUGUUAUACGUACUCGCUGGAACUAUGUUAUUUUGUGGUUUUCUGCACUAACAAAUAGGGUUUCGAAAACACGUCACUUGAGCACGCUAUGAGUAAGUCUUCUGGAAGUUGAGGAGCGCUGUUAGUAACCCGCUGUCAAUAUUGAGAGAUGACCUUUACAACAACAAACUACCGAAAGUAGAGAUCUUCCACCGGGUUUAGUUUAGUUGUUUAGUGUCAGUUCACAGUACUUUUCCCUACAUUUAGGUUGAUAAAGCUAAAGUGCGUCAAUUUCGUUAAAGAAAAAUUAACUCCGACCAUAGCCUUAUAGUAAUAUGGUAGGAUAUAUUUACAUACUGCACCUCCCAGGCUUGAGCCGAUGAAAAGUCUGUUGAAAAAAAUAUAUUCAAAAGAUUCAAAACACAACAAAAAAAAGACAAACAAGAAGUAAAAAAGGAGAUUUAAUUGACACUUAGAUGUGUCAUUUUUUUUCUAAGCGUCUGUAAAUACCAGCGAGAAAAGGGAUACGUCUGCGUUAUUGACCAUGGGUGAGGUCAAGAUGGCUAGAUAUUGGCCGAGUUUUUUGUUUGUUUGUUUGGUUUUUUUUUUGCGUUUUAUCAACCGAGAUGAGGUCUAGGUCCAUAAAAGUGCGAAAAAAGAAUGAGUCAAACAUCCUGCCGUCUUGACUUCACUUUUGCAUGAUCAAUAGAGGAUUUAUUGUAUUAAAAGAGAUUUCGCUCAGAUAUGAAUCAAGAAAGACUUUUUUUUUCGAGAGCCAGGAAGGAAAACCAAUCGUGUUUGUAGCAGAAUUAACCCACCAGACUAGUUUAUGUAUUUGUUUUAUGUAUUUGUUUUGAAUCUCUUUUGCUCCUUUUGCAACUCGGCUCAACUAGUAGCAGUAGCAGAAGCAGAAGCAGAGACAGGAGCAGAAGCAGUAGCAGUAGCAGUAGCAGUAGCAGUAGCAGUAGCAGAAGCAGUAGCAGAAGCAGAAGCAGAAGCAGAAGCAGAAGCAGAAGCAGAAGCAGAAGCAGAAACAGAAACAGAGGCAGACGCAGUUGUAGUAGCAGUGGCAGUAGCAGAAAAAGAAGCAGUGGUAGCAAUAGCAGUAGCAGUUGCAGAAGCAGAAACAGUAGCAGUGGCAGAAGUAGUAGUAGUAAUAGCAGUAACAAUAGCAGUAGCAGUAGCAGUAGCAAUAGCAAUAGUAGUAGUAGAAGCAGUAGCAGAAGCAGUAGCAGAAGCAGUGGAAGCAGCAGAAGAAUAAAAAGUAAUAGCAACAGUAUCAGUAGUAGUAGCAGAACUAACAAUAGCUGCUUGAAAUCUAGCUCGGAAUGUUAUUGCACUGUGACUUGACAAAGAUUUUGAUGUGAUGCAUCAAAGAUGAAGACAGAAUAUUUACCCUAAAUAAGUCAUGCUUGUGUAGAGGCUUGAAAGCUCUGCAUUUGUUUUCUCGUUGUCAGGCAUUCCAUUUUCCCUACACAUUAGCAAAUAAAUGUAAAAACCGAAUAUAAGAGAAAAAUUUCGUCAGGUUAUGCUUAACGUAACCGUUUGUAGGAUAUUAUCACAAAAUCGCGAUUUAAUUUGGUGGUUUUAAUUUUUAAAAUUUUCUCUCUUAGUAUAUCUUGGGGUUCAUAAAUGAGGGGCUUUGUACACGGAUUAUUAGAAAUGCCGAUCGACAACAGAAACACAGGAAUGUCCUGCGGAGUCUAAGGAGACACUCAGCAAAAACAUAUGUCGUGGGGAACUAUCUAAGGGUUGUGCGUGACAGACCUAUAUCCAAUUCCGCUGCCGGCAAUUUCGAAAAGGUUGUGUUUUGUCAAGGUUGUGGGCGGCUUGAGUGCGCCAGAACUGAUCGAGUAAUAGCAGCAAAGACUCCUUAAACUUCGAGCCCUUACCUUGAAUUUUCAUAUUUUCAUGAUUUUGCAGCUAGGCCCUUUUGGGCUUUCACCGAAACACUCUUCUUCUUCGCAAAUUACAUAGUCUAGUAUAAUACGCAGAAAUCAUGGCAAAGAUCACUAUGCACGCGCAACUGAAAUCAAGAGAUGUCUAGUGGAAUUCAAGAACCGGAUGUUUUACCGCCAGAAAACAUCUCGGAAGUCAUUCAAAUGUAUUUUAACACAUCAUAAUUAUCUUUUUACACUAUAGCGGACUAAAUAAUUCAGUUCGAAAAUACUCUUUUGUAAACAAACCACGAGCAUUUCAAAAAUUUCAAUGUAGUUUCAAUAAUUAGCUUUUAAAAGUUUGCAAAAUUUUUUCUCGGGAAAUUUAGUUAAAACAGUAAUACUAGUUUGACUUGAGAACAAAAACAAUUUAAAAAAAGGAUAGUACUGCUACUUCGAUGUAAAUAUAAGGUGUACAUCUUAAGAAGAAGGAAGACCUAUGCAAGACAGAAUUAAGGAGCACGAUCGAGACAUUCGACUCGCCCGUACCGAGACCUCCGCCGUUUCAGAGCAUGCCCACAACACCGAACAUAAGCCACUCUAGAACGAAGUAAAGUUUAUUAAUCGUGACCCUUAUUACUACACACGCAAGGUCAAAGAGGCAAUUCAUAUAAGACUUCACCCUAACAACAUCAACAGGGAUAGUGGAAUAGAAAUUCCAGAAGCGUGGAUGCCCACGAUCAAAAAACACAACAACAGGAGAGCCGUGUGACAGCGGACCGCCGAGGGAGCAAAUCCCUGAGUGAACAGCAAGGAUCGAAAUGCACCAAUCAGAGCUGUUGAAUAACAACUCAUCACAGCAGAGCAUCAUGCUUUAUAAGAUCACGCAUGACCAGUCGACCUCAUCGCCUGAAGAAGACUAGCAGUAUGCAGUCGAAACGUUGCGAUCCACAUCACACGUGACUACAUCGUGAGACAAACGGAAAACUUAGCUUUUAUUGUUAUUUACUACGAUGAAUAACCACAACCUUUUCUACAACAUUAUUGUACUUACCUCAAUUGGUAAGAAUGGCGCGUAAACUGAAUAUGCUGCGUAUAGGACGAAAUAAACCAGGCACAUCGAAAAAAGAAGGACUAUGUUACGCGAAGUCCAGGUUUCUUUGUUUGUCUCCGGGGGGGUUUCAGCGGAGCUAUCAGUUGGGAGAGUCUUGGAGCUGCUACUCUUCAUGGUGAAAUCUCUGCCAAUAUGCACCGAUAUGCUAUGAACGCUGACUUACUUGCAAGUAGUACGUGGGAUCAUCACGCGUGCGAGCGGCAGGGUUUAUAGGGCGAGUCUCAGUCUCCAUGUUUCGGCUGAUAUUUUUGGGAAAAAUUAUUUUGCAACAGCUUGCAUAUAACUUACGAAAUUGUUACAGGCAUGUUAAGACGAAGUCGGAGGGCUUUCUCACCCUUCUGUCUAGAUAUCUGUUUAGCAAAACUUCCUUUCGUGAUAAUUUUGGCCAAACUAUGUCUCUACUGACGACAGCAAUUAGCUACCAAGGGCAGACUGAUAAAAAAGAUUGUGCGAUAUUUCUUCUGAAGGCAAUAGGGAAAAGCAAAGAGCUUUUUACGCUCUUAUCCAAAGAUGGAAUACCGAUAUGAAGAAGUUAGAGACGUCAUGAGUUUCUAAAGUUAAUGUUUCAAGCCGGUUAGCCCUUCGUCAGAGGAUUUUUAGGUAGUGUUUGGUUUAUUUACAUAAGCACGGAGCUACGCUGUUGGUAGGAACAUGGUAACGCGAAGAAAAAAGAAUGAGUUAGUUGAAUCGAAAGUAUUCGUUAAUACUGUGGGAUUAGGGAUGUCCAUUUGAACGUUUUUUUUUUUGUUGUUGUUCUAGAGUUUUGCGGCUUUCUGAGCUGUCCAGAUGUAGCGAAAGGCCACAGACUGCCAUAUCGUGCUUAGAAUGAUUUGGGAGAUAAAGUGUCUAGCGACUGAUUUGAAUGUGUCUGAAUCCUUACUACGUCACGAAAGUGUUCUCGGAAUCAGUCGCCAAAUUAUCUUCCUGUUUCACCAAUGUCUAGCUUUGAGAUAAGUGCAAGAUAAGAAAUAGAUAACCUUUGCUUGGAUACAGGAGAAGUGUUCGGUGAUUACUACACCUGCAAAAAUCUAAGUAUCAUUUACUGUUUUAUCUGCUAUAAAAUGGUAAGCGAUUUAUAUACCCUCCACAUAUACUGCUAUAUGGGGCGUUAAUACCGGCAAAUAUGAAGAACACACGACCAGUCGGUGUAAGAUUUUGACCCAACUAUAAGGAAAACAGAUAAAGAUUUAGAAAAUUUAUGCACGUAGUAUAUCGGCAUCAAAAUAAAUUUCAGACAUUUGUUGAGGAAGACUUCGACUUGAGCUCUAACGCGAUUAUGGACGCUAUUACUGUCUCAAAUGAAAUGACCAGGAUAAUAUUGACGCGUUCCACAAGCUUCUGUAUGCGCAUCUGAUCUAAAUAAGAACUGAAUCACCGGCCAGUUCGGUGUUAAAAGACAGUUUAAAAAAAAAAUAAUAUUCCAAAUAUAUCAUUCUAGCUUAUUUAGGGGUUGGGAAUUUAAGGGAGACAUACCGGCAUUUUCAUCACAAGUUAACCCGACGCUUUUAAGGUAAAAGAUUGUAUAAAGAUCAAACUGCUACGAGAAAGUAGUUCUUCGAGAUUACAAAUUCCGUGGUAACUGGCUCUUUCCGUAAGUAAUGCUCCAAUUGAACUCUUAAGAAAACAAUAUAAUGGCUUUUGUUAAAAUUGAUCUCUGCACAGGAACGUCCUGGAGAUUAACCUUCUCACAAUAUCUAUCAUUUCUUGAACUCCCUUAUGUUUUGUUUGGGCGCAACUAAUUUCCUCUCUUUUAAGGUUGUAGGAAUAAACAAUUUCUACUUUUCAUCUCUGCACUGAUUGUACAACCAGGAAAUUUCCUCGAAAAGCACGUAGUUCGUAAAUCUAUGAAAAUAGGCGGUAACUUGGGUACGCCCUUUAUUCUUGAUCUUUUCUGUUUAAAAAUUCUAUUUCCUGAAAAUAUGUCGUGCUCACGCAAAAAAUAAUGUAUUUAGUGGACCAGCAAAUCCUCUUGGUUGCGCAAUUCUUUUUAGAUUUUGCGAAUUUGUUUGAAUUUCGGGCAAUUUUCAGGUUCCAAAUGAUACAAAUCACUUUUAAUGCUUUGUAAAAGCUAAAAAUUGGCUUUAAAAUGUUUGUGCCAGACAAGGACUCAAAAACAGUAUAUGGACAAGUGAAAGCCGAUAAAGAAGCGAAACGCUUCGCUUUUGAAGUUUUCAGAUUUUGCCUGGGUUUGAAGUCUGAAAUAUCUAGCAAACGCACUAAAGCAAUUUUAUCAUGUUCGAGCAAUUUAAACAUAAGGCUAUGAUGCAGUCGAAAAUUUUUAGUACACUCUCGCCUCCUUUGAGCUUGUUGAGAAACCUACGACUGACCACUUGUCUGAUGAAAUGCUGUUAAAAGGAUGUUUAUUUCACAAAAUAAUUUAUUUAUGUCUCCAACAUAAACUAGAAGAGAUAUUUUGAAAAAUGAGAAAAACCCCGGGACCGAAUGAAAUAAAAUCGCCUCUCGUAACGCAUGUUCAGCUUGUUUGAAACAGAGGAGACAAUGUGUGGUCUUUCAUAAUUUGAAUUUUGAUGGAAUAUUGGAAUUUCAUAUCACUGUAACAGGCUGCAGGGGAUAUUGUUUGAUGAGCACGAAAGUAGCGUAGGAGUUGCUCAAGGCGCAGCCAAGAGCAACUCUAGCCUCUUGAAACUAUCCAAGUGCUUCAGUUUCUCGAUGUGCAUUUCAUUUUGUCAGCUGUGCAUUUCUCAAGAUAUGAAUCACUUAGAAAGUUUAAAGAGCGCUUAAGAAGCUAGUGUUGCUCUCGGCUGCGCAUCAAGCAUCUCCUACGCAUCUUAUGCGAUCCCCAAACUUUCCACGUGCUGCAUAUCUCAUUGAACGCACUCCGACUUAUGAAACAAAAAUUCGAAAUCCUACAUAACUCUAACAUAAAUUUCUCUCUGAUUGCCCGAAAAUCUAUCGUUUAUUGUGCCGCUAAAGCACUAAAACUCUUCGGCCUUGAGUCAUGUUUUGAUGUCAUAUCUUUUGCGGAGGCAACUCUAAUAGAUUAACUGUCAGUUAAAGAGAAGAGGUACCCCACAGCUGAGCUGAGAAAAAAAAAACAUGAAUUUGACCUCCCUUUUUCAACUCUAAAGUCCUUUAAGUCAUUGAAAAUCCAUGGACAUCAAAUAUCGGAACGGAAAUUGUCGUGCUAUUUGCAACCUCUGCGUCAAUGUGUCAGGCUCGAUGGUGCAGAAAGUCAAACCCAGUUCUAACGCGGUCCAACCCUCUUUCCUCUUUUUUUUAAUGAAUUUUUAUAACAUGCUUUGAAAAGAAAGCUGUUGUUGAGAGUUACAAUAAGUUUUCGACAUUUUAGUCAAAGUACUAUCCAUCCAAACUGAAAAUGACUAUUAUCUGUAGUUCAGAAAUUCGAUCCGAUGAUGAUAGGGAAAGCCUGAUAAUUGACAGCCUUCAACUCAGCGAGAAAGAGGAAAAGUGUUCCUCUGGAGAUGAUUCACCUACGCUUCUUCACUACAUAGCUCUCUGCGCCAGCAACAGUGUUUGCGGCUUUAUGGCGUUUGUAACAUACUCUUUGUUUUCACCAUUCUUUCCUCAAGAGGUUAGCACUUAUAUUUAUUGAUUAAUGAUAUAUCACAACAAAUGAAGCCUACAUUGGAAAAUAAAUGUAAUUCCUAGUAUAAUAAGUGACUAAUUGUCCUCAUAUAAUGAUUUCAAACUCUAAAUCAACAAAGAGGGUUACGGAUGCUCCUUUUUAGAAUAUUGAAUCAUGUACCCAUAAUUUAUCAGAAGUGUGUAAAAGUGUGCAGUAUAAAAGAGGAUGUGGUAAUAUUUUUCAUUGAUAGUUUCGUAACCAGGGUAUUUUGACUCUGACUUCAAUUUGAAUUUUAAUCUCCUGAUUGUAGCUAUUGAUAUUCUUAAAAGCAUGUAUAAUAAAGCCUUUUCUUCUUCUUCUUUUUUAUAUAUUUUUUUUGUGAAUGAUGAUUUACACCAUUUGUAUGAUCCUUAAGGAAACAUUUCUUCUUCUAGGAAAAACUGCCCAUUUUAUGCGGAGGUUACAGACAAUAUGACAGAAAUAACCAAAUACAUAUUCCAUUACAAUAAAGAACUUUUUAGAAAAUUUUAAUCUCUUCCUUAGAAGUAAAUCUCUUCAUGUUAUGUCUGCACCCUGAAAGCAUCAAGUUAAUAGCUUUUAACGUACAUUAAACUUAUAAAAAACCUGAUUUAUAUCAUAAUGCUAUAAUCUCAUAUUAUGAUCGUGGAAUUAUCGUCAUCAUCAUUUAUUUUUAGCAAUACAAAACAAAACAAAUUUCUGAAAGGAUUAUAAUUGAUAGAAGGCGAGGAGAUGUCAUUAUAACCUAGUGGAUUUUUUUACUGUUUUUUUUUCCCAGAUCUAACGGAAAAACUUUAAACCUUACCUUCAUCUUUUCCUCUUAGAUCAAUGUCAACAUUCUCUAAAAAGUUUUCAAUCUGGCUUUCAGAUGAGUUGUAAAACGAUGGUGACAUUUUUUACUGCUACCAAUUCUAAUGGAAAAUGUCUGUGGUCAAAAUCAGAUUUGAUUCUCUAAUUAAAGGAAGGGCUCGUUAAACGAUUGCCUUCAAUCCAACAGGAGAAUGCAUUACUCGAGCUCAGAUUUCUCUUGAGUUAGUUGACUUUGGACUCUUCGAAGCAUAGUUAUUAUUAUCCCCAUCAGUAUUGUCUACUUUGUGGUUUUUUUAGGCACGUUCUGUAAAUUCACUAUUCUUUCCCAGUGAGGGUAGCUAGGAAUCUCUGCGAUAUUUCAAUUGGUUUGUCACGCAUUUCUCUCGAUAACUUUUGCGUUUAGCGGCUAUUCGAGAUCAGUGGAGGCGCGUAAUUGCCGCUCAGAUCGAAGAGAAACUGGAACCCAAAUAGGUCAAAUAGGAAAAAUCGAAAACCGCAUCGGAUAUCAAAUCCGAAAACUGCAUCGGAUAUCAAAUCCGAAAACCGCAUCGGAUAUCAAAUCCGAAAACCCGCUGGUAUUUUUCGCGAAAACCGAAAACCAGAUGCUGAAAAUAGGUAUAUCCGCAAACCACAAUGAACACCAAAACCGAAAACCAAAAAACCGAUCUAAAAAAUAGCUGAAACCGUAAAACCGAAAAUCUCAAUGCCCCCCUCGUUUUGGUCUCGGUCCGCAGAAUUUUGUCAACAGAAUUAACACACCGUUUAAAAAGAUGAUAAUAUGAACCACGUGUAAAGCUGUCAAUUGUUUCUCGAAUGUUGCGCGUGUUAAAUAUUCAGUAGUGACAUCUCAUUAACAUCUACAUCUACAUCUACUUUUAUUACAUUGGUAAAAUCUGUACAGACAUCACACCAACCAACUCGCGCGCAAAGUAAGAAGACUAUAUGAAGGCUUGAAAUUAUAUUAAGAUCGAUUUUGAUCAAGAAAUGGCCAGGAAUAUUCCACAAUAAUGCAAAUAAUCGUGAAAGCUGAUCGCGGAAAAGCGAUUGCGUGACGCUCGGUAAGUUGUAAGAUGACAUGUUAUCACACGCCAGACGAAAAAACUCUUUAGAUUCUUAGUAUGCAUUUUGUACCCAGUCUGCAGUCUGCAGUCUACAUUUUAUACCUAGUCUACAUUUUGCAUCCGGUCUGCAGUCUGCAGUGUGCAUUUUGUACCAACAGGUAUCCGUGGCACCAAUAUAGUUUAUUUUUGGUUACAGUUAUUCGCACAACACACACAAUUUACCACAAAAUACCUGUGUGUGAGUUAAUGCGACAUUUUUGUUCUUUUCCGCGUUAAUACUCUUCUUUCCUUUUGAAAAAUGUAGACAUUACUUAUAAUGUUUCAAGUAAUGCAGUCAUGGAAUUUUCUGACUUGAAAAGAUCCCUAGCUUCCUAGGAUUUUAAUUCGUCUCCUGGAUAAGGAAGUGUUGGCGUAAAGGGGAGGAUGGUAAAAAAGAAUCUUUCACAAGCUUCAACAUUGCCAUGACUGAAAAUUAAAAAAAAAAAUACCCUGUACACUCAUGGCAAAAGGCUCAUCACAAUUACCUUGAAAAGUACAGAGGUAGAAGGUUUGAGGGGAGAGGGGUGGGGCAAAGGGUUAAACUGGCAGAAGUAGGAGCUUAAUAAGGGUCUAGGGAUGGUUGUUGUGCAUAGUUUCCAAUCAAUAAUGCCUCUUUUAUGGUUUCUUUUAUAAGUUUUGCGAUUUAUCAUUUAAUUUUUCUUCUCCUUUUUUGUUGACUUAAAGGCAAGGGAUAAAGGCGUGUCUGGAACUAUAGUGGGUUUGAUCUUUGGAACUUAUUCGUUUGUGAUUUUCAUCUUUUCGCCAUUUUGUGGAGUUCUUGUAAGUAUUUGACUCUGAAGAAUAUUCAUAAUAGUUGAAAUAUUUGAACCAUUUGUUUGCAUAUUUAUCAUUAUUCCCUUUUUCAGCCGAUUAAAUACUCUACCAUACUUAUUUAAGUAUUCAUUUUUUGCGAUAAAUAACUUAAUCACAUUCACAUCAGAGUAGACUCAACAACAGUUUUUGUUUCCAUAUUUUCUUGAAUAUUAGCGCCCGAGCGAUUUUUUAAAAUUUCGGCUGAAAGGAGAGGCGCUUAUUGGAAAGAGGGCGUUUAAUCAAGGGCAAGGGGAGAGGGGAAGGGGCGUGCUUAUCAAGUUAGCACAGCAAUAGGAUGAAAACCAAAGAACAGAUAACACACAUAAGUGAUCUCAGUACCACAUGGAGAUAAAAAUAACUGAAACAGAAAAGAAACUAUUCUCCUGAACUGAUUUUGUGGUAGUUGAAGCUUGUAAAAGUUAUAAAUAAAGUGGCAAUAGGAACAGUUUUUUCUUUUACGCCUACCUCUUAAGAAAGUAAGGGAGGAAGUGGGGUGCUUGUUUGAGAUUAUGGGGAUGGGCGCAUAUUCGGGAGAGGACGCUUACCGGUAUUUGAGCUUGGACGCUUAUUCGAGGAAAUACGGUAUUUUAGAGUUACUUCUUAAGAUAACAAACUUCAUCCCCUUCAGAUCAAAGUGGGCUUAACGAGGCAGAAACUGAAACAGUUUAUAAAAAUAGUGCAUUAUGACAAAUCUAUAUUUGGCAUCCUCAACCCUUUAAAUUCUAAUAGUGACAAGCAUCUUAUUCCUCCUUAAAAUAAUACUGAUGAGUCAUUCAUUAAGAUUAUGAGAAUAACAGGAAAUUAUCUCCAUCCUGAGAAGCUGUGAUAGAUAAGUGAAUUCUCCUUGUCUGUACCAAAGAAAUGUACAGAAAAUGAGUAUAGAGAAUUUAGAUACUGACAUUUGGGCGUAAAGAGAUAAUAUGAUGAUUUAUGAGAACCACUUGGCCACAACUCAGUUGUAUGUAGUUUUCUGCUUGGAUCAACAAUUGAAUUCCAAGCUUUUUCAUAAUCAUUUACUGCGGAGUAAUUUGUAUCACUUUCAGAUACCAAAAUAUGGCCCUAGGUUUGUUCUCUACUCAGGGCUUGUUCUUUGUGGGGGAUCAUUGGUUUUAUUUGGGUGAGCUAAAAUAUUGAAUUAAAUGAUUUCUGUAUUAUGAUUUCUGUAUUUAAUCAAACAAAGAAUCCCUUGGUUGCCAUCUUUUCUUCUCCUCAUCACUCUUCUGCCUAAAAUUAUAUGGAUAUUAUAAAGAGAAAUUUCUCUCAGGUCAAUCUUGGAAUCGAAAAAAGGCUAGCUCUCAAAUGCAGCAUUUUUCAAUGGCUUGAUCAGCUGGGAAAGACUUGAACAAAUGUAAAUAUGCUGAGCACUGUUAAAAAAAAAAUCACUGUUAUAAAGUUUAAACGGUCUUAGAAAAGUGUGAAAAAAGUGUGAAAAGCAAAAAGGAAAAACUAAGAGGUUAAAAAGAUCUAACUUGCCCUUUUACUGCUUUAAACAAAGAUACACUAUGUAUGGCUUUUGUAUCUUUCAGAUUUUGUGACAUGAUUGUAGAUCGCGAUGUGUUCAUAGCUGUUUGCUUUGUCUUAAGAGCAACAUGUGCCAUUGGAGGGGCUGCAACUGAAACCUCAACAGUGUCCAUUUUACUGACAAAAUUUCCUGAUAAUGUUGGAAUGGUUUCAGUAUGUGGGAUUUUUUUUCUUGAAUUCAAACUAAAUCAAUUUUGUAAUAAAUGUAUUGUUGGUCUUAAAAUGUGAAGAUUACAGUAAUGAUGUACUUUGAUAUGCACGAUGAAUUAGAGGUUCUAGUCGGUUUAAAAUGAUAUGAAAGAAAUGCGCAGUUAUCAUAUGACGUAGCAUAGUGACUGAUGAAUGAAUGCUUAUUUUUAGUUAUAAUGAUUAAGGUGGCUCUAUCAAACUCGCUGAGAAAAGGCAUCACUCAGUAACCACUGUAUAAAGCUUGUCAUGAAAUUUCCUGAAUAAUUCUCUUUUUCUUUAAACGUCAUUUUCUAGGGCGUGGUGGAGACAGCUGCUGGAGCCGGAAAUGCCUUUGGUCCAGUUAUUGGAGGAUUUCUUUACACAGUAUGUACAAGGCAUGAUCUUUAUCUGAUACAUUUUCUGGUUUAAAUUUGUAGGUAAUAUAUCAGGGAAAUAUGAUCUGGUAAGCAUCCUUAAAUUGAUGAAAUUGAACAAGGAAGUCAUGUCAAUCAACGUUACAUUCAAAAACGUUACUGGUUUUCUUUUUUUCUUUGAAUACCUAUGCUCCUUUCAGCCAGGUUUCAGUACUCGUGUUGUCUAAGAGACGCUACCUCACCCCCACCCCUCCCCUACAUCACAGUGAGGUUGAACACUUAGUUAUCCCAGCUUUUUCGUCCACAGAGCAUAUCGAGGAAAUAAACAAAGAUAUUAGUAACUGGGUAAUUAAAGCUGCAGUGAAAUGCUGUCAUCAAUGUUCAUUCAUCUUAAAUGAUCUCAUUUCUAGGUUGGUGGUUUUAAACUUCCAUUUUUUGUCACGGGUGGCACUUUGAUUGGUGUAAUUCCAAUUAUAGCAUUGGCACUUGGCAAAGGUUUGAUUUUGAGACAUCUGACCAUCUAGUUUAUCUUACUGGUUAAAUAUCAACAAGGAUUCCACGAAAGCUUUGUUUUAAGCUGAAGUAAUAAAUAUAAAUUACAAACAGGUUCAAGAAAAAUAGUUUGCCGCGAGUAAACAAAAUAGCGGAACGGCGUUUGAAUCAGUGCAUAUGCACGGCUCGAUGUUGUUGUCUUUCGAUUUUGCUCCAAUAAUGUAAGGAAAUUGAAAGUUAAGUCAUCAUAAUGGAAAUAAAUUUCACCAGUAAAAAUUCCAAUUUUAUUUCGCCAAAAUUAUCCAGAAAAUAUUAAAACUUCUGUUCAUUCAUUGAGAAAUUAGAGGUUUUACUCUUUUAGCCAUUCUUGACCGGCAGGUUUGUGCAUUCAUCUUGUUUCAGCCUUUCUCUUCAGUUUUCUUUUUAAUCUGGUUUAAUCCAUUGUGUUCAUUCAUUGAGAAAUUAGUUUUACACUUUUGACCGCCAGGUUUUCAGUUUCAGGCUCUCUGACUGGUUUAAUCACUUUUUGAAGGUUUUCAUGAGAAUCACGACUUGAUCAAAAAUAGAAAUAAAUUUAUCAUUCUAUCUUGUAAGCUUCUCGGCUGCACCUCGUGGUUUGUAAACUUUUCACGUGUUCUCCCAAUAUUACGCUGUAAACCGAUAGAAAAAGGGGUUUAUUGCUUAAAUACAUGUUAAAAAGGCGCUGAGACUCAAAGAUCCGUCAAUAUGAUUAGGGAAUGAGUAAGCAAAAACGUCAGUCUAUAAACAAUCUUUCAGUUCACUCUUGAGUCGUUGUUGUUAUGUACGUCUCCUUUUUUAUGAUGUACGCUACAUAGACAUAAACUAGCUUUGAAAUCGUUUCAAGGUAAUAUGUACCAUUACUCUUUAACAAACACUUUGGUAACCAAAUAUCAUGUUAGCCACCAACAUGAAAAUGCAGGGUAGAUUGGUGAUUGUGUCAGUAUACCGAUGCAUUUGUUCGCGGAUUGGCUGCACCCCAGGUUUUUCAUUAGUUUUUGGAAAGUGUCGAAACGCUUGUACCUGCGUAUAAGACGCACCCCUAACAUAAGUUCCAUUCUUUGGCUGUGGCUAAUCUAUGAGUAAAAACAGUAUAUCAAGCCCAUCCUUUAGGAUCGUGUGGGUAAAAAGCAUUUAACUGAAAGGAAAUUCAGCCCUAGGGCCGCAUAUUUUUUUUGCUGAUCACCUCUAACUCAGGCUAUGGGAAUAAAACGAGAAACAGGAGUUCCUCCACUGCAUUUAGUGUAGUUUCUAGCCAUAUUAGCCCGUCCCUGAGAAGUUUCUAUCUAAUAUUACAAUGUUUUAAUUUAAAAACUACAAAGCAGGAGAAGAAGAGAAGAAAGACGAGGACAAGGAAUCAAUAUCCAGGUUAAAAGUGCUUAAAAUUCCAUCUGCACUCAUGUUAUGUAAGUACAUGAGUACUCUUAACAUUUAACCUAUUAUUUCUGACAAUGGAUGAUGGAGAGUUAAUAUUACUGGAUAAUGUGAUUGCUGAUGCACCCUGGGUUGAGGGUAGCCAGAAUACUUCUUUUGACAGAACAUUUAUGUGGAUACCACGCCUAUCUCAAAACAAGUACCUCUGAAAAUAAGUCAGGAUCAGCGAUUGGAGCAGAGGCCUUUUAUUUUAGCUACAAUUUAGCUAGCUGUUACAAUUGUAAAGAGAAAUGAGAUUGGUCUCUGAUAAAUUUUUCUGCCAUUUUAUUCCAGCUCUCUGCUUUGUCGUCAGUGGUUUUUCAUUUCCUUACUUUGAACCUGUCUUAGGGCCGCAUUUAGAGCAGGUACACCACGACUUUUACUUUAAUAUUAUGACAGGUGUUUUUGACUUAACAUAUAAUGCUUUAGACUGUCACAGAGCAUGCUACGUCAACUGUAUGGUUUUAUCAAAUUUGACCUGUCUUCGAGAGGAAAACCCGGGCACCAAGAUCUUUUAACGCGAACAUUCGAAAAUACUCCAGGAUUUCGUUAGUUUUGUUUAACUUCCCUUUUGUGAUUCACUAAACUCGCGCCAAAAAUAAAAGUGAUCACGAAUGGGUCACUUGCAUUUUAUUGUGCAUCACGUAGAUUCCUUCUUUGUACUUAAUUUGAGUUCCUUAUAAGCUCUGUGGGAUGUUUUUCUAUUUUCUGAGUAGACAUUGUCACUACUUCGGUUUCCUGUGUUAGACACUAAGUCGACAGGCUCUCAUUAUUAUUAACGCUGCAGGACGCGCUUUUCUCCGCACGUUGGAAGGUUCGAGACGAGUCGGGAAGAGGUUUGCUGGAAACUGGCAGAGCCCAAACAGACCGCUGGCCGGCUUGCUUUUCUGAAGAACUCAGGCUUCCUCGCAGGCAAAGAAACGCUCGUGUUGCAGCGCUCAUGAUGAGUGUCUGCUUGAAGGCUUAAUAGAAAUGCCUGUUUCUAGUUACUAAGAUGCUUCACCUAAAAUUCAGUUCGCCAAAAUUUUAGAGCCGUCUGUCUUCCAAGCUGAGCUCAGUUGUCCAAUUUUUUAAGGUUCUCAAACGAUGGUAUCUAUUCACUUCACAGAUGGGUCAAAAUACAACACAGAUUUAUCUCGUUUUUCUUUAUUGGGCUGGCACGUACACUCUGUUAGCGCCAAUAGUGGGCUACAUAGGAGAUAAAACGGUAAGUUUUCGCUUUAGCAUAGCAACAAUUAACUUUGCAUCAGGAUCUGACAUUAUCACAAUUUCCAAAUCUACGGUCCAAGAAAUUUCAUCAAAAAGACAAGCGAUUACCAUCAAAGGAUACUAAGACUUCUUCAUGUGAGUUUUUUUUUUUCUUUUAUGUGGAAUUGUAAGGGAAGGGGCGGGGUUCCCAGUGCAUUAUGGAAUCCGUAAUGGCAUGUUCAAACUGAAUUUCACGAUGACCAACAAGGUCCAUUCCUUCCCAAUCAAGAGUGUCUUUCUCAGAGGCCGGGGAUUGGGUUGCGUUGAAAUAAAAUGGAUUAUAAAAAGCAAAAAGUGCUGUGGAAAAAUGGCGAGUUUUGGCGACGUCUUGCUGUAGAGAGUUUUCCCAAAUAUUGUCUACUUGGAUUUCUGUAGGUUCUCUAGGGAGAACAGUUACCGUUACCUCCGAUUUACUGUUGAUUCAGUUGUCAACUCGAGGCGUCACUUCAGAGAAAAACUCAUAUACCCACAAUCUGGGUUCGCUUGUUAAAAACUCAUGCUGACGCCUCUUCCUCGUGUGUGAUUUAGUGUGACUUAAAAAUAAAUGCAUGAUUUUUAUACAAUUCCAUUCUUCUCUAUUAAUUUCUUCUCAGAACUGUUAUCGAUCGAUGAUUAUAGUAGGUUUUAUUGGAUUUUUCAUUGGAUAUCUGUUGAUGGGACCUGCUUCAUUUCUCACGUUCUUACCACCUAAGUAUGUGUACUAAUCAUUUUGCAUACUCUUGAAAUGUUAACGCUUUAACUCCCACGGGAUCUAAUUGUUAUUUUCUAUUUUGGCUGCUACAAAUUUCCUUGAAAAUUGGUAACAAGAAUUUGGUGCUAGAUCACGAAAAGACUUCUACUUGAUAAGAUCGAUUAUUCUCCUUACCUGUUUGCUGGACAAUGUAUGGAAAUUAUAGUGAUAGGUUACAGGUUUAUAACUUCUGGGAGUCAUAAGGUGAAGAAAAAGUACACGUUAACAAAUAAUACUCACAGAUAAGCUGCAAUUUAAGCAAUUGCAGAAAAAAGCCUGUAAAAGUUCAGCUUUCAAUAGGAUUCGAACGAGCGCUUCUAACCACUGAGCCGCAGAGCCACAUUUAGUGAGCAAGGCAAAUUUAAGUGGGGCCUUUGUUUGCCUUAAAAUAAUUAAAAAUGAAAUGAAGUAAAUGAUAUAUUGGCUGGUCAGAGGAGAGUGUACAAUCCUUACAUUCCUCCACACUAACCUUAAACGUAUUGGAAAUGUGCCAACAAAUAUACUGGGAACAUUUUGGUGAAUGAUCGAAACUUUUCAAAAUUAAUCUGUGUUUUGAGCGAUUGGUACAUGUUCAAACAAGUCAGAGGUCACCAGCGUGCGAUCCCACGCAGAUUUGUAGCUGCAAUUAUCAACUUUCAAGCCUAUUUCUAAAUCAAUCGAAAACUGAAGUUCAGUCACCUGAAAAAAACCUUAUCUUGAUGGUAAACUGCUCAUUGGAUCCCGCUAUUCUUGCAGGACGAUUUGGCUGGUUAUUUUUGCAAUAACCAUCCAAGGAAUUGCUGGUGGUUUUGCUUUUGUACCCAUCAUGCCUGACCUUAUUAAAAGUUUAAGGUAAGUAGCAAUAUUUUCGUAAGGCUCGUUUCUUUUCUUUACCAAGGAUAAAGUUUCAGUCAGUGAAUGGCAGAGUCUAGGAAAUCCAGUUGGGAAGAGUUUAAGUUACUAGAAGACAACCUAAUUGAUUUAUUUAUAGAUAUGUUUUUGUGUCAAUGAUUUUGGGCUUGCUUUUGUUACCUCUUUUCCUCUUGCAGGGCAAAUGGAAUGCCCGAUAAUUCCUCCACAAACGCGCUUGUGUCGAGUAUUUACGGUUCUAUGUAUUAUUUAGGGUAUGUGCUCUUUUUUCACUGAUUCUUUAUCUUUUUUGUGUUAGUUGCUGAAGCGGCAACGAUAUGAGGGAGGGCAGACGCUAACAUCCACUCUUAAAAUGGAUCAUGUACAUUUUUUCAAUUCCUUCUUUACAGAGCAACAAUUGGACCCAGUCUGGCUGGAGUAUUAGAUGAUCAUUUUGGAUUUGAGUGGGCCAUGAGUGUAAGUGCUGUUUUCAUCAUUCGAGGCAUUUGAUCUACGCUACGAAACUUAAUAUUAUGAAGAGUUUGGGGAUAAGUCAGUAUUUAUCGAACGGCAGUGGGGGGGUGGGGGAGUGAAGGAUUUUGGUAAGGAUCACAUGGUUUUCAAGGGAAACAGAUGGGGGAUCACUCCGUUCAGCCGUCGCAACAGAGUAUAAGGGGAAACUAUAGAAAGUUAACUGUUAAUUACCUGUCAGUUAGAGGGGACAAGAGAUGAUGAGGCGGAUUUUGGUUAUGUCAAGAUAGAAUUUAGUUCCAACAAACUCCCCAC